UUAUUAUCAGCACAGACAGCGUUUAAACGCGGUUUUGACGGGGCAGUUCUGCGGGAGCUCGGUUUUACAGCAGGUUUAAGGGGUUUUAUUGUUAAUAUUUAUUCUGCUGUGUGUUUAGUUUGGUCAGAGGACUCCCAGUAAAUCACUCAGGGUCUUAUAAUAAUAUUUCCAGCGCGUUAUUUUCCAGUGAACGGAGUUUUAACCGGAGCAGCUGAGAUGUUUCCUGAGGGCAAAACCGGGUACAGCUAUGAGGAGUGCAGGGCUACAGCUGAUUGGCUGCUGGCUCAGACAGCGGUGCAGCCUCUGGUGGGUAUUGUUUGUGGUUCAGGGCUUGGAGGUCUUGCCGACAUGCUGAAGGACCAGGUGGCCUUCAACUACAGAGACAUCCCCAACUUCCCCCAGAGCACAGUCCAUGGCCACGCUGGACGACUGGUGUUUGGGACUUUGAAAGGAAGACCCUGUGUCUGCAUGCAAGGACGCUUCCAUCUGUAUGAGGGAUAUCCCAUCCAAAAGAUCACUCUGCCCAUGAGGAUAUUUAAGCUGAUGGGUGUGGAGACAGUGAUCCUGACCAAUGCUGCUGGAGGACUGAAUCAGGACUACAAAGUGGGAGACAUCAUGAUCAUCAAAGACCAUCUAAACAUGCCUGGGUUCGCUGGCAACAACCCCCUGGCUGGACCUAAUGAUGAAAAGUUUGGUGUGCGGUUCCCCUGCAUGUCUGAUGCAUACGAUCGGGAGCUGCAGCAGCUGGCGAUGGAUGUGGGGAAUGAGCUGGGUUACGGGGACUUCCUCAGAGAGGGGGUUUACUGUGUUCUCGGGGGUCCUUCGUUUGAGACCAUCGCAGAGUGUCACAUGCUGCAUAAACUCGGCGCUGAUGCUGUUGGUAUGAGCACGGUUCACGAGGUGAUUGUGGCUCGUCACUGUGGCAUGCGAGUCUUCGCCCUGUCUCUGAUUACCAAUAAAGCAGUGAUGGACUACGACAGUGAGGAGAAAGCCAAUCAUGGAGAAGUUCUGCAGACGGGCAAACAGAGGGCAGAGCAGCUGGAGAGGCUUGUGAGCACCAUGGUCACUCGCAUCGAGUACAACAACAACUAUUCCUAAACUGAACUCUGGUCAGCUGAACUCUAAUCAGAGACCUCUGAACAGCAAAAAAAGAACCUCAAUGAACAUCGGAUAGUACUGAAACUUCAUGGGCAUUUAUUAAAGUAUGCUUUGGCAGUGCAAUGUUUAAUUUGAGCAUUUAUUAUUAUUAUUAUUAUUAUUAUUAUUUCCUUUAAUCUGGUGGAUAGAGAUCACAUACAUCUUGUACAUUCCUUAAGUAGGCAACAGACUGUUCUAGACUGCACACAGAACCAUGUAAAUGUGUCUUAUUAACACUAAUGCCUUCUUCACGUGUAUGUCCUAAUUUUAAAUACUGGAAUUGUUUGUAAAUGGUUGAUUUUACUCUGAGGUCAAGGUCCUAACAUGUAUAGUAGAUCUUAUAGAACACUUUUUUCUGUAUUAUGUGUUUUAUCUUUUUUGUAACAUUUAUUAAUAAAGUCACUUAUUUAUUA